AUGUUCAACCCCAGCUCUGGGACGCACGCCGCGCCCAGCUCCUCGUCCCUCCUUUUCAUCCCUGAACAUCCCGACGCUCAAGCACGUGCUCAUGGCAGCGGAGGCCACGGCCACCACCAGAGCCAGCACCUCUAUCCGUCUAGCGUGCUCCCGCCACAACCGUCUUCGUCGCAUGGGCAAGGAGGACAAUAUGGAUCGUGGUCCUCGUCCACAUCGCGCCCGCGAUACCCGCUUCCUGCACCCCCAGGCCCUUCUGGUCCUACGCCGUCCCCCGGCGGUCCUGGUGCGCGUAGUCGCACGCCGGUACCCCCACCGGGGCACUUCCGCACGCCAUCGGAGGACUCGCUGCGCAUAACGCGCUCCGGCGGGACGAACCACCUGGCUUCGACGCCUUCACCAACGUCUCCCGUGCAGUCGUCGUCGAGCGACCUCAAGACCGUUCUUCUUCCCAAGGAAUGCCUCCCGCGGUUCCUGUCAAUCGCGAAGCUCAACACGUCGCAGAAUCGCGAGACGUGUGGCUUGUUGCUCGGCAAGGACCGCGCUGCAGAUGCGGACGAGGGCGGGGGAGGAGGGUCAGGUCGGAGGAAGCGAGAUCGGUACGAGGUGACAGUGCUGUUGAUUCCGAGGCAGCAUUCGACGAGCGACACGUGCACGAUGGACGAGGAGGAGCUGGUGAUGCAGUUUACGGAGGAGCGGUCGUUGAUUACGCUUGGAUGGAUACAUACCCACCCGUCGCAGUCGUGCUUCAUGUCCUCGGUCGACCUGCACACGCACUCUGGCUUCCAGCGCAUGUUUCCCGAGUCAUUCGCGGUCGUGUGCGCGCCCAAGUCUACGCCUAACUUUGGUAUCUUCCGGUUGACGGACCCGCCUGGCUUGCAUACGAUCCUGGACUGCCAUGCCAAAGAGGCGUUCCACCCGCACGCGGAUGUCCCCAUCUACACGGACGCGGACAAGGGACAUGUGCAGAUGAAGGACAUGCCACUGGAGAUUGUGGACUUGCGGUGA